AUGGCUGAAAGCGAUGGAGCCGCUCAUCAAAACGGCGAACCCGUUGCAACGGAAGAAGAAAUAUCGGCUGUGACGCAAAAAGCAAGAGACGUCGUGGCGGAAAUAGAAGCAGAAGAACGUAAAGAAUUGGAAGAAUUAAGGAGCAAACAAAAGGAUCCUCCGAUCACUUUUAAAGAUGCUGUCGACGUAAAAGAUCAUUUUAACGCUCUCGUGAGUUUGGUCGAUGGGAAAUUAAACGAUGAGGAAAAACAAAGUCUGGAAGAAUUAAAACAAUACAUGAUACUCGACGAAGGUUCCUGGGCUUUGGGCGAUGGUUUUUUAAAUUUUGUAGGAAAAUUACUUCACGACGAAUCAUUUAGCAAGGAUGUGAAAAUUAGGUUACUCAACGUAUUGGCUGCUGCGGCUCUUAAAGAUGACGUCAUACUUUUAUUACAUCAGGAUAGAAGAGAUCACGUGCUCAUGAAUUAUGCGGGAAACGUGGAAAGGAUAACGGUCGAAGAACAACAAGCGUUAUCAUUAAUGUUUGCAAACUUAUUCGAAAAUUUAAGCACAUCCGAAUGGCUUUUGUACAUAUCAGAAUGGGAGCAUAACAAUUCGAGUCUGAGUAAUAUUCGUGUGACGACAAAAGUUGGGAUAAACGCUCUCCUGUCGGAAAAUCCCGUUUUGCAAGAUCGAGGUUCGGCAAUAGUACACAACAUGGCUUGCAAGGAGGUAAAAACUGUGGUUUUCGACGACGUGGCAGUAGAAUUAACAAUGGCUUUGUUACAAUUUUUAAACAACAAUCCGUCCGAAGAAUAUUUAUUUAGAGCAUUGAAAUCGUUGGCGAGAUUUUGUCAGAUUUCCGGUCAGGAAGUGACGCAACUCAUACAAAUGAUCGGACCCGAUCCGAAAAAAUUCAAAGGAAAAUCUCAAAGGAUCGACGAACAAAUCGGAAUUAUAUCAACGAAAUUACGUUAA